CACCAUCCUCAGUCAGACCAACAAGCAAAUGGAACACUAUCCACUUUGUUGCUGAGUGGAAAAAGCUUGAGAAUUGGGCUGAAGUUCUUUGGCCCAGGUUUCUUCGUUCCCGCGAUUAACCCCUCUCUGCGACUUUCAGAAGCAGCAAUAGAAGAAGAUACAAGAAGUCAACAACUCUCUCUCUCUCUCUCCCGGCCACCGGAGGCAGCUCCCUGGCCUCGUUCCCCUGUUUUCGUCCCGGAUGGUUUCAAUGACUACUCCUCAAGCAAGAAGCAUUGGGCUUCCACUCAUGAACCUUAUCAAAUUAAAAGGAAUUCCCAUUCUCCAACAGCUUCAUUUAGAGGAGCAACUUCUGCGGACCUCGUCCCAUAAUUGGUGCAUUGUAAAUGAUGGAACUAAUGAUCCCACUAUUGUCAUGGGUGUUUCGGGAAAACCUGCAGAGCUUCUUGAAAUUGAUUUGGUGUUACGAGACCAGAUUCCUGUCAUUAGAAGGUUUACUGGAGGUGGCACUGUUACUGUUGAUCAAAAUACGCUGUUUGUCACUUUCAUAUGCAACAAGGAUGCCGUUCCUGGCUUGCAACCAUAUCCUCGACCUAUAAUGUCCUGGAGUAGCCUAGUUUACAGCAAAGUGUUUGAAGGACUUGCUGAUUUUCAACUUCGUGAAAAUGAUUAUGUAUUUGGAAACCGCAAGUUUGGUGGGAACGCUCAAUCUAUUAGUAAAAACCGGUGGAUCCACCACACUUCCUUUCUAUGGGACUAUGAUGUUAGGAACAUGGCAUACCUGAAGCAUCCAAAACGGGUUCCUGAAUAUCGAUUGACAAGAGAUCAUUUAGAAUUCAUAUGCUGCAUGAAAGACUACAUCCCAAGAUCAGUUUUUCUUGAGAAAACAGUCGAGGCACUCUUAUCCCAAUUCUCCGUGAGAUCGGAACGGUCGGACGCCAUUGAAGCUACCUCGAGUACAAAGUUUGUACCCUCAACUAGGCUGUUGACAAGGCAGGAAUUAGAGGAAGCAGCAGCUUUUGACUCUCAGGCUGAAAGAAAUCUCUCUCAACCAUUGUCAUUGUAAGGAAAGUGUGAAAUUGAGUAUUCAGUGAGGGUGCUAUUCACAUAGUACCACCCUUCAAUUUUUUAAUAAAUGUAACCAAUUUUUUUCAAUCAAAACUAAUGUUUUAAAAGGCGAAGACGAAUUUGAGGUUUGCCUCACGGGACCUAAAAUUAUUAAUAUAUAUUACAUAUGAUUAUAUACAAA